AUGGUUUCUAGCGGGAAUACGAAUAUGUUCGCUGAAUCAGUAAGGCAGUUGCUAGGGCUGCGUCGACAACGACAUGACUUCACCUUUCUCGCUACACUUGGUCGCGGUGCAUAUGGUCGUGUUGAUCUUGUUCGGGAAAAUGCAACUGGUCGAGUUUGCGCAAUGAAAACGCUUGACAAAUCCAAGAUGCUGAGUCAGCAAGCUGACUUUUGGGCCGAACGGGAAAUAAUGGCACAAAGUGUGUCUCCCUGGAUCGUCCGCCUCUUCUACUCCUUCCAAGACGUACGCUCCCUCUAUAUGGUGAUGGAGUACGUGCCCGGUGGAACCUUGGUCUGUUGGAUGGACGAAGCAGAGCUAAUCUCCGAGACGGUCUGCCGCUUUUACGCCGCGGAGAUAACCCAGGCGCUAAGCGAUCUGCACGCCAUGGGUUUCAUCCAUCGCGACAUCAAACCGGACAACAUGCUACUUGACAUGAGUGGCCACCUCAAGCUGGCCGACUUUGGCACCUGUGUUCGGGUCGAUCCUCAUACACAUCGAGUUCGCUGUGAAAGUGCCGUAGGAACUCCGGAUUACAUUAGCCCUGAAGUACUCUACUCUCAGAGUUCAGGAGGCGGUGAGUACGGUUUCGCAGUGGAUUGGUGGGCCCUGGGUAUCCUCGUCUACGAGAUGAUUUGCGGUGAGACGCCAUUCUACUCCGACGAUCUGGUAACAACCUACUCUAAAAUUAUGAGUCACACAACCAGCCUCCAUUUACCCAAGGAGAUUGCCAUCACUCCGUCCUGUCUGGAUUUUAUUAAGCGUCUUCUCUCACCCGAAGAGGUCCGCCUAGGUAGCGGACCAGGUGGAGCGGAGGAGGUGCGCAACCACGCAUGGUUUGCACCGACCUGGCCUGCUGCUGAAUGUCUUCCUGCUCGAGUUAAUGAACACGGUGAUGAGGCCUUCUUUGAUUGGACUUGGAAGACUUUGCGCUCUAUCUCUCCGGGUCCCUUUCAUCCCAAUUUGGCUUCGGAGACCGAUACCAGCUACUUUCGGGAGGAUGUACUUCAACCCGAACACGAAGAAUUGGAGGAGGCAACGUCAGUGGUGGCAGACGAGGUGGAGCCUGGACAAAAUGGUGACAGUGGCUGUGACACCUUCAAUGGCAGUCAGCUGAGCUUUGCUGGGUUCACGUUCUCCUCGCCGAAGCUGGCCCCAUUGUCCGGCAUCUAUCUAGCACCUCCUCAAUCGCUACUCCAUGAGGUCUCUUCGUACGAGGAGGUGCAGAGGAUGGACAAGGGGGCAAAGAAUGAACGGGAAUCGGGUCUACAGGCACAGCGGAUCCAUGAAUUGGAGGAGGCACUGGCCCAAGCGGAGCUACAAUUAGCCAGCUCAGAGGCGCGGUUUGUUGAAAGUCUCAGUGACGCUGAGCGCCGUAUUGAGGUACUCAAAUUGGAGCAUGCCUCUGCAAUGCAUCAGAUGGAGACCGAGGUAUCAAAGCUUAAAGCUAUGGCUGAAUCUGAGCGCAAAGCGAGGCAAAGUGCCGAGGCUCAAAAAGCCAAGGCGGUUGAUCUGCUCGCGAAGCGUGCCACCGAUAUGGCGGAUCGCCUGACUGCUAGUGUUGGUCAGUCAUCCGGCGCUCCGCUCCAACGACGUCAGGCUUCCCUGCCUGUGGAAAUGCCUUCCACCAGCGGGUUGAGUACUGGAGAGGGCGAUGCUGCUGCUUCACCGCCUGCUCCAACUGCUUUCACCACCGCCGACUCUUCUGCCGAGGUUGCUACCACUUCCGAUUUUGAUGCUACUUCCGCGAGCGGUGGUGGUGCUGAUGUCACCACCUCUGCAGCCACAGAACUACUGCUAAAACGAAUCCAAGAGUUAGUGGACCGAGCUCAACAGGCUGACGAGCAGUUGCAGAUUGAACGAAGAUUUGCAGAGCUGUACAAAAAGGCUUGUGAGGAAAAGGAGGAUCAAUUAACAGAGAGGGAUCAGCGUAUAGCAAGUCUGGUGGAAGCAUUGGAAACGGCAAAACAGUCGAAGGAGCAAGCUCAACUAGCAACCCGCCAUGCCCUAAUGGAGGAGCAGGAGCGUUCUGCACAGUAUCUGGAGUGUCUGAAGGCGGCCGAAAAGUCCUCUGAAGUCGCCAACCGUCGAGCCCAAAUCGCCACUAGUGAGGUGGUUGCUUUGCGCGAUGAUUUGAACGUACUUCGAGAGGAUCUCUCCAAAGCGCAUGAAGAUCUGGCCACGGAGAAGCUCAAGUGCAGCGCGGCUGUCAACAAAAUCCAGCAGAUCCUCUCUGGUGAGAACGCCGACGCCCUAGAAUUGAUGAUGCUCUCGGAGAUGGAGUCAAUGCGAAGAAGUGCCGAGACAGGGGGGCUUAGUGGGGUCAGCAUGCCCUCCGAUGGUCAUCCCACCACUGUGGCUUUGAAAUCCAAGAGUGCCAAGAAGUUCACCAGUCAACAACACCUCUUUCGACAUUUGGAUAGGAAGUACAAGCGGUUGGUGAGCGAGUAUGAACAGAUGCAGACUAAACAUCGGCUUGAGAUGAAAGAGGCGCGUACCAUGUUCCACGCCAGUCAGGAGUCUGCUCAAAUUGCGCGAAAUCAAGUGAUUCACCUCUCCGAGGAGGUGGCCGCACUUCAGAUCCAACUGAACGCUGUCAAUACCGCUUUGAAAGCAGCUGUGGCAGACGCUGCUGCCUCCGCUACACCCAAUACUGCCACUCUUCAUCGCAUUCCUGCUCCUCUUGGCAACGCCGGUGGGGCUAGAACCCUUCGAAGUCGACUUGCUCGCAAAACCACCGGUGAGGCGGAACAUCAGCUAACUGCCGAGGCAAUAACACCCGAAGGCGAAUCCGAAGCGGAUCAUCUGCCGCCCUUGGAGAUGGCGCGUUCUCCCACACGUUUGCAUCGAGUCUCCAGUCUCUCCUCACCCCGUCGACCCCUCCUUGUCCCCUCUGCAUCUAUCGGCGGUCUUCUCCUUCCCUCACCACUGCCAAUCAAUUUCUGCUUCUCGGGUCAUCUGGAUAUGCCCGGAAAACCGGGUCGACGAAAAAAAUUAGUGUGGGAUCAGAGAUUUGCCAAGCUAACUUUCAGCCGCUUCCUGGUGUGGGACACUGUAAAAGCCCUCGACAGUGCUCAAUCAUCCGCUCCAAUUGACAGCCUCGUCUUACCAUUGGAGGCUGCUGCUACCUCGAGUUCCACUGGCUCUGCUACAUCCAGUCGCAAGAUCUCGCGUCCUGGACCGAAUCUUCUUCUGGACCUUCCAUUGAAUGCCAUCCUCCAUGUGCGUAGUGUUACCUCGUGCGAUGUACUCCAUGCACCGGCGGAGGAUCUACCAAGGAUAUUUCAGAUCAUCUUUGAUCAAUGUGAGGCUGGUGGUGCAAGUGGAGGAGGGAUUAGGCAGGCCUUGGAGGCUCGUGUCUCAAGUCCGGAUUCCAGUCCGCAUUGUGCUACAUCGCCUUCAAAGCCUUCUCAAUCUACUGGGCUACUUGGCAUCUCAAAAACCCUUCCUCGAAAGUUGAGUUUCUCCGCCUCUGGCACCUUCUCCACCGGUGCCGCUAAGGCCCUCCAAUUGGGUCCUGCGGUGGCACUGAAAUCGCGGACCAACUCCUCCGGUCAGAUACUGAGCCAUGCGGUCUCCAGUGAUCCUCUACUCACCUCCAUCCCAUGUCCUGGUACGGCGGCAAAUCCAAUCCCUCUGCAGGGUCACAUGCUGCAACGCAUCCACUUCCGUGUGCCGGCUGUAUGUGAGCUGUGUAAGCGGGCUUGCUGGCAUGUGAUAUCGCCGCCCGCGGCUUUACAGUGCCUGCAUUGUCAGGUGAAGUUGCAUCUCUCGCAUCUUGAGAAACGUGACUACGUGCUUCGACCCUGUGGCAAAUCCACUGCAAUCCUCCUCUUUCGAGCACCCUCCGAGGAGGCUAAGUUGGGGUGGUUGAAAAACCUCCAAUCUGUCAUUUCCAGCGCUGCCAUCUCCACCACUACACCACCACCACCUCAGUUCUCAUCCCUCUCUCUUUGUUCCACCACUGUUGCCCGAGAUGAUCGUCCAAAAAGCCUAGGAACCAGUGGUAUGGUUCGCGGACCCACAAUUAUGCGAUCAGCGACUCUUCCCUACACCUCCCGAACCGCUACACCUACCACUACCACCACCAACACCACCACCAAUACCACCUCGUCUUCCUCCAACUCUGCGGCCGCCUCAUCGUCCAAAGUUGCCAGAUUUAUGACAGCGGCGGUGGCAGCAGAGGAGGCAGAAUUAGACGAGGAGGAUGUCUUUCUGGAUUCGCCAAUUUCAAAGAAUACAUCCACUGCUUUGCCGCUAGCAGACGCAGACUCGGAGCAGGAGCAGCCUGGAGUUUUUGUCCGCGAGGCGUGUUUAAGUCUGACCGGGACUCCUGACAUUGCUAAGAUCGCCCCUCAGGGCGAGCGCUUCCAUGGUCCUCCUCCCCACCCCCCCACUUCAAUGCAUGCUCUCAUUCCUCCGACGGACACCCCACGCUUUGACCAAAUGUUUACGGAAAAGGUUCCUCUGGCAGUGAUAGGUUGGGAAUCAUCACGCCCAACAUCAUCACUACCAGACAGGCAAACAGGCAGGCGUCCGCCCAUCUGUCAGCAAGAUGUUGACACCUCUAGAGGCGUUUCGACACUCUUGAAAGGAUUUGCCACUGCGUCUGAAGUAGCUCAUCUUAGGAUAACCUACUUUACUCUAUCGUUGCGCAAACCCGUCUCCAUGUCACCACCAAGCAUGCACAAACUUUUCGAUAUUCCAGAUGCUUGUUUUCACCGUUGGCUUAAGAAGGGUUGUACAUCGAUCACAGUGACGGCUUCUGUGGCAGUGGUGGAGUGGAAGUCACCACAGACGAGGUUGUCAAUGGCGGACAGACAGACGGAAAUCUCGUCUACACGAUCUCGACUCGCUAUUUCAAGGCACACUUGUGCCUCUCCAUCCAGCUUGGAUCACGUGGUCAAGGGAACGAAUGCGGCUCUCGUGAUGCUUGCUUGCUAG